GGGCAGUUAACUACCUAUUACUAACUAGCUCCUGUCUGCCAACCUCACCUCCAGCCAUCCUAUUCGCACCUCCGCUAAGCAUCCUCAGCUAUAUCCGGAGCGGGUGCCGAGCUUCUUCUCCUCUAUCCGGCUUUUCCCCUCUAUCUGGGCCUGACCCGCCGCAUUCUCUUCACGAUGAGCGACCCUCGAGAAUCCUCGUCCUACUCGGUCACCCCCCGAAUCCGAUACAACACUGUUAGUGGUGUCAACGGGCCUCUGGUCAUCCUCGACAAUGUCAAAUUCCCGAGAUACAACGAGAUCGUUACCCUCACACUUCCCGAUGGAACUGAACGUUCAGGUCAAGUCCUGGAGGCUCGAGGAAAUCGAGCAGUUGUGCAGGUCUUCGAAGGCACCCCAGGCAUCGAUGUGAAGAAGACGAAAGUAGAAUUCACGGGGAAAAGCUUCAAGCUUGGUGUCUCAGAGGAUAUGUUGGGUCGCAUCUUCGAUGGCUCGGGUCGGCCAAUCGACAAAGGCCCAAAGGUCUUAGCGGAGGAGUACUUGGAUAUCAAUGGCAGUCCUAUCAACCCGUACUCAAGAGUAUACCCAGAGGAGAUGAUCUCGACGGGCAUCUCUGCCAUCGACACCAUGAACUCGAUUGCCCGUGGGCAGAAGAUCCCCAUUUUCUCGGCGUCGGGUUUACCACACAAUGAAAUCGCCGCUCAGAUCUGCCGCCAAGCUGGCUUGGUCCAGCGUGAUGGGGUUACGAACAAGGGGGUUCAUGAUGGGCACGAGGAGAACUUCUCCAUCGUGUUCGCGGCCAUGGGUGUCAACCUCGAAACCGCACGCUUCUUCACCCGGGAUUUCGAGGAAAAUGGCAGCCUAGAGCGCGUGACUCUUUUCCUCAAUCUUGCCAAUGACCCAACCAUCGAACGUAUCAUCACCCCUCGCCUGGCUCUCACCACCGCCGAGUACUACGCCUACCAGCUUGAAAAGCACGUCUUGGUCAUCCUUACUGACCUGUCAGCGUACUGCGAUGCUCUUCGUGAAGUCUCUGCUGCGCGAGAAGAAGUGCCGGGCCGUCGAGGUUUCCCAGGCUACAUGUACACUGAUUUGUCGACCAUUUACGAACGCGCAGGCCGUGUUGAGGGUCGCAACGGGUCCAUCACGCAGAUUCCUAUUCUCACCAUGCCCAACGACGAUAUCACGCAUCCCAUUCCCGACUUGACGGGGUACAUCACAGAGGGCCAGAUCUUCGUGGACCGAAACCUCUACAACCGCGGCAUCUACCCCCCCAUCAACGUUUUGCCAUCUCUCUCGCGUCUCAUGAAGUCUGCCAUCGGCGAGGGGAUGACGCGCAAGGAUCACGGCGACGUGUCAAACCAGCUGUACGCAAAGUACGCCAUUGGCCGUGAUGCCGCCGCGAUGAAGGCCGUGGUUGGUGAGGAGGCGCUGUCCCCCGAGGACAAGUUGUCUCUGGAGUUCCUGGACAAGUUCGAACGAACCUUCAUUAACCAAGGGGCGUACGAGUCCCGAACGAUUUACGAGUCCCUCGACCUCGCGUGGAGCUUGCUUCGAAUCUACCGCAAGGACAUGCUGAACCGGAUCCCUGCCAAGAUCAUCAACGAGUACUACCAGCGAACGGCAGCAGACCGUAAGGGCAAGGGCAAGGCCCCGACGAAAGACACGAGGGACACAUCGGGCGAGGGGGAGAACCUGAUCGACGCAUAAUUGCGCCUUGUCGCGAGGGAGACACCGUUGCCAACUUGGGGUUUGGCAUCCGGCCGUUGGUCUUAAGGGGGGGGGUUCAC